AUGGCUACGACAGCGACGCAGGCUCCGGCCCAGGCUGCUGAGCACAGGGUGAAGCCAGAGAAGCCUGAUGAAAAUGCCUAUAAGAUCUCUCUGGCCAAUGCGGAGAAGGAUCUGGCAGCAGCCCAGAAGAAACUGGAAGCAAUCAAGGCGAAGAUAGAAUCUGCUACUCCCAACAACCAGGACUCACCCGUCGCUAAGAGGCAGCAGGAACUGCGCAGCCAGCUGGCCGCAAUCCGUCAGCAGCAGCAAGGGUUCAAGGCCUCUCGCACUGCCCUCCAGGAGAAGAUCAAUGCCCUCGAUACCAACAUCAAGGCCCGGUUCGCCGAGCAGAAGAACCAGCGUGACAGACUGGCAUUCAAGAGCGUUGAGGAUAUCGACAGGGAGAUACAGCGUCUGGAGAAGGAAGUCGACAGCGGAACCAUGAGACUGGUCGACGAGAAGAAGAACCUUACCGAAAUCUCCAACCUGCGAAAGCAGCGUAAGAACUUCUCCUCCAUGGACGACGGAAAGAAGAACAUCGAUGAGAUGAAGGCCCAGCUGAGCGCGCUCAAGAAGGGGCUGGACAACCCGGAAGCCAAGGCUCUCAGCGAACAGUACACUGCCCUUCAGAAGGAACUGGACGAUAUCAAGAGUGAGCAAGACAGUGUCUUCAAGAACAUCAAGUCUCUCCGUGAGGAACGAACCAAGAUCCACAACGAGCAGCAAAAGGCCUGGAACAACGUAAAGGAAAUCAAGGACAACUACCACAAGGCGCGAAGAUCACACCGGGAAUACGAACAGGAGGCCUACCGUAUCCGCCAGGAACGCCAAAAGGCUGAGAGGGAGAUCUACGAGCGUGAGAGGAAGAAGAAGAUCGCCGACAAGAAGCUCGAGGAGGCUUCUCUGCCUGCCUUCACUGACGAACUCCUCACCGCCGAGGGUCUCAUCAGACACUUCGAUCCCACCUUCGACCUCGCUUCUAUCGGCCUCGGCAAGACCCAGCUGCCGUCGUCUGUCGCCUACCGUGCUCAGGUUGGCCGAACCGUCGACAACACCGACAUCAAGGGCGUCAAGGUCAUCAAGAAGGAUGACCGUGACGAUAACUACUUUAUGGGCGGAACCGGAGGCAAGAAGGGGAAGAAGGGCAAGAAGGGAUUGGCCUCCAACAACUCUGCCGCCGCUCAGCCUGAAGCCACCAAGUUCAACCUCAGCUUUGGUGUUCUCGAAGACCUCGCCAGAGUCAAGGUUGACCCUCCAAUGAACCAGUCCGAUGUCCCUGCUUUGAUAGAGAAACUGGUUGAGAAGGUCAAGGACUGGAAGAGCAACCAGGCCAGCAAGACCGCUGAAAAUAUCAAAAAGGCCCAGGAAGAGAUUGACCGCCUUGAGGAAGAAAGCAAGGCUGCAGAGGCCAAAACCAGCGGCACCAGCACUCCAAAGGUCGCCGCGGAAACCAACACUGAAGCAAAGGCUACCGACACUGCUGAGACCGCCACUGCUGAAUAG